UUUAUUUCAAACGCAGCAUAGGUAUUUUAUUUUUUUUUAAUUUUACAUUUAUAUAAAACUAAAAAAAACAUAAAAAUUAGUUUGGUGGCUGUAAGGUACAAGUAUCCUUUGAGUUUAUGUGCUAUGUGAUUUAAUUGCCAACUUAAACACAAAAAAUAACUAAUUCGUUGUAAACAACAUUACAAGUUGUAAACAAACAACGUUUUUAAAAUGUCUAUUGGGUUUUGAAGUUUAAAUAAAGUUUACUUUUUAUUUUGUGCAACAAAAACCGAUUAAGCUUGACAAGUGACAAUUUAUUAGAUUGUUUGUUAAAUAUGACCAAGUUUGUUGACAAUAUUAAUGGAAUUUAAAUCUAAUUAAAAGAAUAAUCUUUUUGCUAAAUUUCUGAAAAAGGUAUCUUGUUGUUAAGCAAACUUUUUAAACCUAUUUGAGUAGGUUAUGUGGUGGAAUUUAUUCUUAACACUAAAUUACACAUUGGUUGUAAGUUAUGAGCGAAACAGAUGAUACCGAUGAUUUACUUUUAAUACCCCCAGAUUUCUUCACCAUUGAUACAGACCCAGUAAACCACAACCUUAGCCCAUUUUAUGGUAUAAUUGAUAAUCUUGUAACCAAAGUUAUAAAUUUACAAGAUCGUGUGCACACAAUUGAAAAUAAUUCUGAUAUAAGUCUAAUUGGAAGUUCAUUAGACCUAACUUCGAAAGAAAACUCUUACAGAAUGGCAGAUUUUCGUAAGUAUAACAGUACAGAUGAUUUAUAUUACUCACACAGCACACAAAGUACACCAAUGAAAAGUCCAUCAAAAUUCAGAUUAAAUUCAUUACCUGCCAGUCCAAAUUUAAACAGCUUUAGUCCAAAAAAAGCAUUUUCAAAUCGAAAAUCACCCAGAAAACGAACACAUUAUACAAAUGAUUUUAAUGAAGGUGGCGGAGAAAUGCUUUCAGAAAUUGAUCAGUUUUUAACAAAAGUUAAAACAAUUCAACAUUAUAAUGCUGCAAGAAAUUUGGAGAAGGAGUUCAGUGAAAGAAAUGAUAAUAAAUUAAAUGGUAACAUGCAGAUGGACGAGGUGGAAGAAAUGUUAAAGGAAAUUGAUAUACAAAAGAAACAUAUUGAAUGUCGUAUAAAAUCUAAAGAGGAGGAAAUAAUGGCAAAAGAGAUAGCAAAUACAAAACAGGCAACAUGGAGAUGUGGAGACAAUGAAUCUACAGUACCUGAUUAUAUUCUAGUCUCAAAAAACAAAAAUCCUGAGAUGGAAUUAAACAAAAAGUCAAUAUUUGUGCCAUAUUUAUCUGAAAAUACAAAUAAAAAAGAACUUAAAAUCAAAACUCCUGAUACUAGUUCAAGUUCAGAGUCAACACAAGCAACUGCUUUUUAUAAUUGCAAAGGGAAUAAUGAUUUAUUAAAUAAUCCCCUACAUUCCAAUGCCAUGAAUAUUUUGAAUAUGCACAAGCAAUUGGAGGAUUCAAUGGAAGAAACUAUAAACAAAUCAAAAGAAAAUAAUAAAAUAAUGCAAAACAAGUAUCAACCAAAUAAUCACCUUGAACUCAUCAGUUUAGCUGAUAUAUGGAAUCCCAAUAGAGCAGAAAAUAAUUCUACAAUAAAAAAUAAGCUACAUGAAGAAAAUUUACGCAGACAGCAUUGUGAAAUGUUAAUUACUGAAUUACAUCAACGCAAUUUGGAAUUACAACAAAAAAUGACGGUUGCCUUAAAAGUAGAUCAAGCCAAAGAUAAUGCCUUGUCGCAAUUAAAGGAAAUUUUGAAUCAAGUAUCUAUCAAACUAGAUAAUUCAAUGAAAGAUAAAGUGGAAUUAGAAAAGGAAAUGCAAGCUAUUAAACUGCAGAGUGAAGCUAAAAUUGAGGAAGCCAGACAGACAGUUAUAUAUCAUGAAAAAGAAGCUGCCAAAGCAAUAAAUUUUGCACAAGGAAAUAAUGGAAAAAUAACUUUACUUGAAAAUAAGUGUACAAAAUUAACCAAUGAAUUAAGUUCAAUUGAAUCUCAAUGUCAUACAGUGAAAGACAAUUAUUGUCAGGAGGUUAAUAAAAAUAUGCAGUUAAAUGAUUUGUUGGGUUCUAAAGAAAUAGAACUCUUGGAGAACAUAAACCUUUUACAUCAAGCAAGGCAAGAAAUUUCUGAGUGCAAAGGUACAAUCGAGAGUUGUCAAAAUGAAAUAUCUAAAAUGAGAGAAGAAUGUGAAAGUUUGCAACGUGCUUUAGCUUAUGAAAGGAAACAACAAUCGUCUAUAUAUGAGCAACAAAAAAUUUUGAUCGAGCAGUUGGAGAAGAAGAGUAAAAAUGAAAAACAAUUAAAAGAAGAAGUAAACAAAACAAAAGAACUAUUAGAAGCAAAUAAGUCAGAACUGAGAAACUUUUACCAGGGUCAAGUGGAAAUGCUGGUGCAAACAAAACUCAAAGAGUUUCAAAAUCAAUUGGACAAAGCUGAAGAAACAUUUAAAGAAGAAAUACGGAAGAAGGAACUACAAGUUGCCAAAAACGCUGCUAUUCAUAUGCAGUCACUCACAGAAAAAUGUUCUUUGGAGAUAAAGCUAAUGGAAGAAAAACAUCAAGAAGAAAUCAAAUUGUUCCAAAUUAAACUGAUGCAGUACAAGGAAGAGUUGAUAGCUCUGAAAGCAAAAAUAGAGCAAAUGAAAAUGAAGAAGAUGCAACAGGCCCAGCAGCUGCAAAAAAUAAUGGAAAGUCAGUGGAACGAGACUUUAAAAAUCAUCAAAAGUGGCAAAAGCCCCACUCCUACGUACUAUGAACAGCUGAACUCCUUAAAAACAAGAUCAUACAAUAAUCUUGAAGAAGUUCUGUCUCAGGAUGAACAGUGCGCCAGUGACGCAAAUCAAGCCAAGUCGCAGCAAGAGAAGAAAUACGAAAACGCGAAGAAAGAAAAUUGCGUCGAUAAAUAUGAAAAUGUGGACAAUGUGCUGAUGCAAACUCCAGUGUCGAGUCGAGCGCCACUUAAUGAAAAUGAUUUACAAAAAAUUGUGCAAAUGUUAAUUAGUAAAGGUCCAGACACUCAGGGAAGCAAAACAACAGAGAAAAGCAGUCCAACUAAACCUGAUUGGCAGCACCCAGUACGAUCAAGAAAACCAAGGUAAACGAAUCGCAAACUAUGACUCCAAAUUAAGAAAACAACCUCCAUGGAAGUAAUUUUUAAUUUAUUAUAGUCUGAAGAAAGUAUUUUUAAUUUUAAUAUAAUUAUUUUAUGUAUUUUACACCAGAGUGAAGUUAU